AUGUAAUGUAAUUUAAUGUUAAUCAAACAGGGGCUUAGGUGCUUAAACAUCCCAUGCUGUACUAAUACCGCUUUGACAUUUCAACGGGAGAUGGCCCACAAAAUCAAGGACAUAAAUGCCAACUUCAAAAAGAUGAACAACGAAGCUGAUCGCCUCGGCCUCAGCAGAGUUAGAGAUUAUCCUCUGGCAAAGCCUCCAGUCAUGGAAACUACCAGCUUUGCUAUUGAUCCAAUUGUCAUUGGACGAGAAAUUGAUGAAUCAGAAAUACUGGAGAUGAUAACCAGCUCGAUCAAUAAUGUCCUUUCAGUCCUUCCCAUAGUCGGAAUGGGAGGGCUUGGCAAGACGACUUUAGCACGCAAGAUCUACAAUCACCAUCGUACACAAACCCAUUUUGACGAAAGGAUUUGGGUUUGUGUAUCAGAAAAUUUUGAUCAGCUGACGCUUUUCAAAAGGAUUCUGGAAUUAUUAUCGGGCAAAGAUUUUGGCGGAGGUAGCAAGCAAGCUGUUGUUCAAAAGAUUGCAGAGGAAUUAAAAAACAAAAGAUACUUGCUAGUUCUCGAUGAUUUAUGGAAUGAAGAAACAGAAGAUUGGGAUGAAUUCAAAAAUACACUGGUGGGAGCUAGCUCCAAUAAAGGAAAUUUCAUUAUCGUCACCACACGUAAGGAAAAGGUGGUAUCUACUGUGAACACUUGCAAUCGUCCAUGCAGAUUGAGGUCAUUAACAGCUGAUGAAUGCUGGUCCAUAAUCAGAACAAUGAUAUUUCAAGAUAAAGAAGUAUUGGAAAAAUUUGCGAUUAUUGGACUGGAGAUUGCUCGCAAAUGUAGAGGUUUACCUCUAGCAGCAAAUGUGAUUGGAAGAGUUUUGCAAGGAAAGGAAAUAGAAGAGUGGGAUUCAGUUCUACAGUCUGGGCUUUCAAAUCUUGAAGAGGGGGAGAAGGGUGUGUUGCAAGUCUUAAAGGUAAGCUAUGAUCGCUUACCUUCUUCAUCACUGAAAAAAUGUUUUGCCUUUUGUUCAAUAUUUAUCAAGGAUUCGAUCAUGGAUAGAGAAGACUUAAUCCAGCUCUGGAUGUCGGAAGGACUUCUUCCAAACAAUCAAGAAAGUGAGAUGGAGACUACAGGCAAUAAAUAUUUUAAUAUUUUGUUGCAAAAUUUCUUCUUCCAAGAGCCCGAAAAGGACAAGUAUGGCAAUAUCAUAAGCUGCAAAAUGCACGAUCUUGUCCAUGAUCUUGCAUGUUUAGUUUCGAAAUCAGAAAGUUUCAUGAAUACGGAGGGUCUCACUGUUGAUGACAUUCUUCAAGUUAGACACCUUGCAAUAGAAUCAAUUGGAGAGGAAAUGGUCAAGGACAUAAAAGAGAGAGCAAGUUAUCUCCACACCUUGUUCUUAAGAAGCAACGUACCAGAUGGAAUUUUACCGUACUUCAAGCAUUUGCAUUCUCUAAAGCUAUGUAAUGCAAAUAUUAAAGAAUUGCCAACAUCAAUUGGCACCCUGAAACAUUUGAGAUAUCUUGAUGUGUCCGACAAUAAAGAUCUCACUACUCUGCCAGAAUCUAUCUGCAAGCUCUACAAUUUGCAAACUUUGAGGAUUCUAUGGCACUACCUUUAUCGCGAGAUUCGAAGGCUUCCUAGAGAUCUGCGAUUCUUGACUCGUUUAAAGCAUCUCUGUAUUGACACUGUUACCAAGGAUUUCAAGAUGCCACCUAAAAUCGGAAGUUUAUCUUGCCUUCAAACGUUACCAUUAUUUUGUGUGAGUGACGAGGAAGGUUGUCGAAUUGAUGAGCUGGGAAAGUUGAAGAAAUUAAAAGGCAAACUACAAAUACGGAAUUUGGAAUUGGUGAGAUCUAACACAGAAGUGGAGCAUGCAGAUAUGGCUGGAAAGCUAAACAUUUAUAAGUUUUACUUUCAUUGGACUCCUUCCAGGUACAGGUAUUUCAAUGAUGAGAGUGAGUCAAUGGAUUCCUCAGAAAGUAACAUCAAUGAUGAGAGUGUACUUGAAGGGCUGCAACCUCAUUACAAUGCAACAUACUAAACUUGAUGCUUAAUGUUUGAGAAGUCAUGAUUAUGUUAAUUAUAAAUCCAUCCAACCCAUUCAUUUAUAAUUCUACUACUUGAAAUUCAUUAGUGAAUAACGUCACUUGUACAAUGUUUUUGCACAA